AUGAACCCAGUUCUGCGUCAGCGAAAGUGUUCUUCUUUUCUGCCGACCGAGACUAUGGAGGUAUCUGCAAUGACCCCGAAAAUCCAGGUACCAGUGAGUCAUUCCACUCUUCUCUCAUACGAUGAAAUGCCGGAAUGGUAUCAAGACAACGAGUUUAUCCUUCAUAAAUACCGGCCGAUAUCCAACUCUACAUAUGAGUGCUUCUCCAGCUGGCUCUCCUGGCAUAAUGAAACUGUCAACAUUCAUUCUCACCUAAUUCCGGCAAUUAUGUUUCUCGCCGCUGAAGGCUUCAUCUCUACAUAUCUCCAGUCUAAAUAUCCCGGGAUGACAGUUUUUGAUCAUCUCAUUUUCGCGGCUUUUCUUCUGUCAGCGGUAAUAUGCCUCGGACUGUCGGCCACCUACCAUACCAUGUCAAAUCACUCUUGCAAGCUUUCAAGCAUUUGGCUGCAAUUUGAUUUUGUGGGAAUCAUCGUUUUGACUCUUGGUGAUUUUGUUUCUGGGAUUUAUAUGGCGUUUUAUUGCGAACCGACUUUACAGCAAGCAUAUUGGGCUUCGAUCCUCGCUCUCGGCUUUUUGACAAUCGCAAUUCUGGUGAGCCCAAAGUCCCAAGGUCCACGUUGGCGUACUUUACGCACCUGCGCAUUCGUUGGGACCGGCCUUUCGGGGUUUGUUCCUAUUUUUCAUGGAAUAAUAUUAUUCGGCUUUUCACAAAUGGCCAAACAGUCAGGAAUGCCAUAUUACCUCGCUGAGGGAUUCCUACUGCUACUAGGAGCACUGGUUUAUGCGGUCAGUACGGAAGAUACAAGAUCGGCGAGUUGA